CAGAUCUGGGUUUGAGAGAAAAACUCAGAUCUGGGUUUGAGAGAAAAACCCAAAUUUGAGUUUGAGAAAGGAAGAAGAAGGGAGAAGAAAGAGAGAGAAUAAGAAGAAGAAUGAGCGAAAGUAAUGCAUUAUUUGUUUUUUUCCUGGGUUUGAGAAAAACACAAAUCUGGAUUUAAGAAAGAAGAAGGAGAAAGGAAGAAGAGGAAGAAAGAAAUCUGACCAUUUGGAAGUGUUUGUUUUGAAUCUUCUAAACACGGUGGGACCGUGGAGAUUAAGAAAGAUGAGUCAUUUCUUCAAGGGUAUAAAUCUGUUCUCAGUUCAAAGGGCAAAGAAGAAAUGUUGGCAAAUCUUGCCAGAUGGGAACCAAGGCAUGGGCGUUUCAGGCUAUUUUAUCCGUGGAAGCAGCACUUGAAGAUUGGAGGCCUUGCUCGAGAAUGUGCCUCGUUGAUUGAAGCUAUGAAUCCCUACGUUGACUCUGAUUUCCAACAAUCACCAGAAUUUCAAAGCAAAAUUCAAGAAUCAUGCAAAAAGAUGAGUGCAGAAAGUAGCAAGGCAUUAAGAGAACUAGCCACAGCAAUCAAAACGAUGACAGGGCCAUCCUCUGCCAGUCCUUACUUGGAGAAUUCCAAAUCUGCCAUGAACCACCUUAAAACUGCUCUCAAAGAUUUCUCAUUGGAGAGUACUGAUCUCCUAGCAAUCUUACAGGCUGCCACAGUCGCUUCAAUCCUUGUUGAGAUCAUUAAAUGCAUGGAAAAAAUUUCGAAAGCAGUUCGUGAACUCUCCAAGCUAGCACGUUUCAAGAAUGCAGAACCUACCGUGUCAUGCAAGAAACUGCAUCAGCUGUUCAUAAACCCAAGUUUUGAAGGUGAUGAUACACUUUCAUAGGAUAAAGGAAUGCUUUUUAU